UCUCAUUUCUGACUUCUUCGUCUGUUCUGUUCUUGUAUAUAUAAAUACAUCAACACUGAACACACAUACGCACAGUCACUUGUUUAAAUAAUUUCCUGUUGCAUAAUUCGGAACCAUUCACUCUGCGAUUUUGAUGUCAACACAAUUGGAACAUGAUUACAUAGGCUUAACAGAGGGUCCAUCCAUGGAGAAAAGCUGUGACAAGAUAUCCUCUUCAGUCUCCUCCAACCUCUCCUCUGAGGAUGAGAACACUUCAUCUCUGAACUUCAAGGAGACAGAGCUGAGGCUUGGUCUGCCAGGUUGUGGUGAGUCUCCUGAGAACAACAACUCAGGAUCAGGUUCAGGUUCAGGUUCAGGUUCAGGUGCAGGGAUCUCUCUUUUUGGCAAGGAUUUGCAGAAGAAGCAUAGUGGCUAUUCUGCUUCUUCCAAGAACCUCAAGAGGGGCUUCUCCGAUGCCAUUAGCUCUUCCUCUUCUUCUGGCAGAUGGAUCUUCUCAGCCAGUGAUGAUGCAACGGAUGAGGCUGAUUUUGGAAAUGCUUCUGCAAGAUGCAACAAAGAGGUUGCUAUGGUCCCUCUUCCUCACUCUGAGAAGCCACCUCAGGUUGCUGCAAUCAAUGACCAUGCCACUGCUCCUGCUGCAAAUUUUUGUUGUAGAGCACAAGUUGUGGGGUGGCCACCAAUUCGAUCUUUUCGUAAGAACACGAUGGCGUAUAAUGUGGCAAAAAUGAAUAACGAAGGUGAGGUUGGUUGUCUGUAUGUGAAGGUGAGCAUGGAUGGUGCACCAUAUCUCAGAAAGGUUGACCUGAAAACCUACACCAACUAUAUUCAACUUUCUUCUGCUCUUGAGAAAAUGUUCAGCUGCUUUACCAUUGGUCAAUGUGGUUGUGGUGCAGUUCCAGGGGAAGAGGGAUUAAGUGAGAGUGCUUUCAGGGAUCUUGUUCAUGGCUCUGAGUAUGUUCUUACAUAUGAAGAUAAGGAUGGAGAUUGGAUGCUCAUGGGUGAUGUCCCUUGGGAGAUGUUCACUGAGUCAUGCAAGAAACUAAGGAUAAUGAAAGGCUCUGAGGCAAUCGGGCUAGCUCCAAGGGCCAUGGAAAAAUGUAGGAGCCAAAACUAGUGGGAGAUUCUGCUCGAUCAUUGGGAAGCAUAUAAAGGAGAAUUUGGGUUUAUGGUUCUGUAAUAAAUAAAACAAAACAUGCGUAUUGCGUCAUGUAGCGUUUCAAUUUUUGUGCGUUUAGAAACACUGAUAAGUUUCAGUAUCCUUGUGAAUGCGUAGAAAUAAAAUAUUUUUCUCUUUACUGUAA